UUCAACCUUUAAAGAUGCCAAUUGCUUUUAAAAUGUGCAACUUCACCCAAAGUGUUAUUGUUAUAUUCAUUCAUAUGUGAGUUUUUGCUCCUUACUUGCUAUUACUCAAUCUCUCAAUCUUACUUACUAGCUGAUUUGCUGUUAUCAAUAUCAAUACAAAAGAGAUGGCUGCCACUGCAACUAUGAUAGGAGGUGCGUUUCUCUCUGCAACUGUUCAAACCUUAGUUGAGAAACUUGCCUCAACUGAGUUUCUUGAUUACAUCCGAAACACCAAGCUGGAUGUCUCCCUCUUGAGAAAGUUACAAACAACCUUGCUCACUCUUCAGGCUGUGCUGGAUGAUGCAGAAGAGAAGCAGAUCAACACUCCUGCUGUCAAAAAUUGGCUAGAUGACUUGAAAGAUGUUGUCUUAGAUGCCGAGGAUUUGGUCAAUGAAAUAAGUUACGACUCCCUUCGGUGCAAGAUGGAGAAUAAACAAGCUGGAAGCAGAACUAAUCAGGUGUUGAAUUUUCUUUCAUCUCCUUUCAAAAACUUCUAUAGAGAUAUCAAUUCCCAAUUGAAGAUCAUGUGUGAAACACUUGAACCUUUUGCACAACAUAAAGAUACCCUUGGAUUGCUAACAAAAAGUGCUAGAGUUUCUCGAAGACCACCUUCAAGUUCAGGGGUUAAUGAAUCUGUCAUGGUCGGCAGGAAUGAUGAUAAAGAUACAAUCACCAAUAUGCUUUUAUCAGACAGUGGAAUCAGCAAAAAUAAUAAUUUAGGUGUUGUUGCAAUUUUGGGUAUCGGCGGUGUCGGAAAAACAACCCUUGCACAGCUUGUUUACAAUGAUGAAAAAGUUGAACAACAUUUUGAUUUCAAAGUCUGGGUUUGUGUAUCAGCAGACUAUGAUGUUGUGAGAGUAACCAAAUCUCUCCUUGAAUCAGUUGUUAGAAAUACCACAUCUGAUGCUUCAAAGGUAUGGGAAAGCGAUAAUCUUGACAUUCUUCGAGUUGAAUUAAAUAAAAACACGAGGAACAAAAGAUUUUUGUUUGUGCUAGACGAUUUGUGGAAUGAUAGUUACAAUGACUGGGAUGAGCUGGUAAGUCCCCUUGUUGAUGGAAAACCUGGAAGUUCAGUGAUUAUAACAACUCGUCAACAAAAAGUUGCAGAGAUGGCAAAGACAUUUCCUAUUUAUAAAUUAGACCCUCUGUCACAUGAAGAUUGUUGGUCUAUACUCGCAAAACAUGCAUUCGGAAAUGAUGAAUAUCACGAGAGUAAAAACAUAGCCCUUGAAGAGAUUGGUAGAAAGAUUGCAAGAAAGUGUGGCGGAUUGCCAAUAGCUGCUAAAACACUAGGAGGACUUCUACGUUCAAGGAUAGACACAAUGGAAUGGACUAGGAUUUUGAAAAGUGAUGUAUGGAACAUACCAAAUGAUAAUAUUAUGCCUACGUUACAUUUGAGUUACCAAUAUCUUCCAUCUCAUUUGAAAAGAUGUUUUGCAUAUUGUUCAAUUUUUCCAAAGGAUUGUCCACUUGAUAGGGAGAAAUUGAUUUUGCUGUGGAUGGCAGAGGGCUUCCUUGAUUGUUCUCAAGGGGGUAAAUUGGCAGAGGAGGUAGGUGAUGAAUGCUUUACUGGAUUGUUGUCUAGAUCUUUAAUUCAACACUCAAAUGAUGGUACUCGGGGAAACUUGUUUUUCAUGCAUGACCUUAUCAACGACUUGGCUACAACUGUUUCUAGAAAUAUUUGUUAUCGAUUUGAAUGUGGUGACAUCUAUGAAAAGGUUCGUCAUUUAUCAUAUAUUCAAGAAAAUUAUGAUAUUUUCAUGAAGUUUAAGCAUUUCUACAAUUUUAAAUACUUGCGAAGCUUCCUUCCCAUUUUACGCCGUACCACGUGGUUUCCUCACUUAUCCAUUAAGGUGGUUGAUGAUCUACUACCAGUUUUUAAAAGGUUGCGCGUGUUAUCACUGUCAAAAUAUAAAAACAUCACCAAGCUACCAGAUUCAAUUGGCAAUUUGGUGCAAUUGCGAUAUCUAGAUUUGUCCUUCACUGAAAUCAAAAGCUUGCCUGAUACAGUAUGUAACCUUUACAAUUUGCAAACUUUGAAUUUAUUAUGUUGCAAGAGUCUCAUUGAAUUGCCAGUGCAUAUGGGAAAUUUAAUCAACUUACGCCACCUUAAUAUAAGUGAGACUCACAUAAAAGAGUUGCCUAUGGAAAUUGGUGAACUAGAAAACCUUCAAAAUUUGACCGUUUUUUUAGUGGGUAAGCGACAUGAAGGGUUAAGUAUCAAAGAGCUAAGGAAAUUCCCAAACCUACAUGGAAAAUUUACCAUAAAAAACCUAUACAAUGUCGUUGAUUCAAAAGAGGCAGAAGACGCCAACCUGAAAAACAAAGAGAAAAUUGAGAAGUUAGAGUUGAUAUGGGGAAAACAAAGUGAAGAUUCACUAAAAGUGAAGGUUGUGCUUGAAAUGUUGCAACCACCAAUAAACUUGAAGAGCCUACUCAUUGAUUUGUAUGGUGGGACAAGUUUUCCGAAUUGGUUAGGAAAUUCUUCAUUUUCUAACAUGGUGUCCGUUGACAUUCAUAAUUGUGAAUAUUGCACGACACUUCCACCGCUGGGCCAACUACCUUCUCUCAAGAAGUUGAGUAUAUCGAAUAUGUUGUUGUUGGAGAAAAUUGGCCCAGAGUUCUAUUGUGUUGAGGAGGGACAACGUUCAAAUUCUACCUUCCAACCAUUUCCUUCCCUUGAGCAUAUCAAAUUUCACAACAUGCCAAAUUGGAAGGAUUGGAUUCCCUUUGAAUGUAUAAAUUUUGCAUUUCCUCGACUUAGAACUAUGGAGUUACAUAAUUGUCCUGAACUAAGAGGAGAUUUGCCUGACCACCUUUCUUGCAUUGAAGAAAUUGAAAUAGAAGGUUGUUAUAAGCUAUUUGAAACACCCCAUACUUUGCAUUGGCUAUCGGUGGUCAAAAGAGUAAAAAUUAAAAAUCAUGAAGUGUAUGUUCAAAGAACUCCAUGGUUAAUGCUUGAGAACGACUCUCCCUUGCAACAUGCAGCUGCUGAAAGUUACCCAAUGUUUAUUUCUAAAAUGUACCUGAGUAGCAUUUGUCUUACUCACUUGAAUCUCUGGAAAAUUCAAUCUCUCACUUCAUUUCCCACAAAUGGUCUACCCACAUCAUUGCAGUCCCUUUAUAUUCAUGGGUGUAGCAAGUUAUCAUUCAUGCCUCCAAAUGGUCUACCCACUUCAUUGAAGUCCCUUUGUAUUGUAGGGUGUAGGAAGUUAUCCUUCAUGCCUGUCGAAACAUUUCAAAAUUACACAUCACUCGUGAGUCUUGAUAUGUGGGAUAGUUGUGUUGCACUUACUUCAUUUCCACUUGAUGGUUUCCCUGCACUCCAAUCACUUUCCAUCAAUCUUUGUAGGAGUAUGAAUUCCAUUUUUAAUUUAGAAAGUCCUUCACACGGUCAGUCAACCCUCCAAACACUUCAAAUUAUAUCCCAUCUCUCAAUUGAAUCACUUAAAGUCAAUCUUCGGUUGGACACGCUCACCAAUCUUGAACAUUUGGGUCUAGGCUGUCGUGGAGAGUUGUCAUUUCGUGAAGGAGUUUGUCUACCCCCGAAAUUACAAUCAAUUGGUAUUUAUUUCGGAAGAACACAACCGCAUGUAAAGGAAUGGGGUCUCCAAGAUCUGACCGCUCUCUCAAGUUUGAGAAUUGCAAAGAGGGGUGAAAUAGAUAACACAUUGACAAUGGAUUCAAUGCUCUCAACCUCCCUUGUGUCUCUCACUGUCAGUGGUAACAUGUCCUUUGAAGUAAACGGGCUUCGACACCUCUCGUCUCUCGAAAAUCUCCAAUUUGAUCAAUGUCAACAUCUCAAGUCAUUGACAGAAAACUGCAUCCCUUCCUCGCUCAAAUCACUUAUAUUUGUUGAUUGUAAACAACUUGAGUCAUUACCAGAAGACAGCCUCCCUACCUCUCUUAAAAAGCUGACCAUCAGACGCUGCCCUUUGUUAGAAGAAAGGUAUAAAAGGAAGGAAAAUUGGUUCAAAAUUUCUCACAUACCUGUCAUACGAAUAAAUGACCAGCUCACAAUAUGAUGACAGGUUGUUUCAGGAGAGACCUAAAUGGAUGAAAAACAACUCGCUGGAUGAUUUGAAGACAAAAAGGGUGCAUGCUGUUGUUGUGGUUUUUCUUGUAAACUUGUUUCAGAGGAGUCAAAUGCUUUCCGUUGAUUUUCGCAAGAUUUGA